UCACCGUGAGAUUAUAACAAAAAUUUGGCACUCUGUCCAACAACUAUUGCCUCUGUAUAAAUCCAAAUUGAUGUUUUCUUCGUGUUGCUCUUCCUCUUGUUCCUCUCCCAUCCCCCUUUUCACGUUAUAAAGCAUUUCAAUUUUGCAAUGGGGAUUUUGUUGGUGUUCUGAAAGUGGGGAUAGCUGGUGUAAAGAUUCAGUAUUUGAUCUGUCAGAGUAAGCUUAAAAAAAAAAGGACCUAGAAGAGUACUUUUAUUUUUUAAAAUUAUUCUUUUUGGUCUGAAAUAGCUGUGUCAGUCUUUGGAGUACAACACACAUGGAACAUGGUUGAUAAUUCAAGAAAGGAAAAAGUUUAAAGUGAGUCUUAGCUGCUAGCUUUGCUCUUUAUUGUUGUUCUUAGUUCUGUUUGGAAGAGGAGAAAAAUCAAGUCAAAAAAUGGGUUGCUGGUAUUCAAGAUUAGAGAGAGAAGAGUUAGUGUCAAGAUGCAAAGCUCGAAAGAGGUACAUGAAACAGUUAGUUAAAUCAAGACAAGCUUUCUCUGCUUCACAUUCCAUGUACUUACGUUCACUUAGAAACACUGGUUCCGCUUUACUUCAGUUCGCUACCGGAGAAACCGAUCUCCACCCACACAACCACCACUUACCACCACUUCCUCCGUCACCACCACGGCGUCUCACCACCCCACCCCCACCACCCCCAAUGAGCCCCACUUCCUGGACAACCACCUCAACCACCACUUCCUCUGCCCUACCACCACCACCUCCGCCGCCUCCACCACCGCCGCCUCCGGCGGCAUCAAACUGGGAUUUCUGGGACCCAUUUGUGCCGCCACCGUCAUCUUCAAGAUCAGUUACGGAGGAAGAAUGGGAUGAGACGACUGUUACGUCUGAGGUGGCGGCUACCACCACGGUUGGGGCGGCGAGUGUGGCGGCGCCUCCGUCUGUGGUGAGUCAGUUUAGUAAAGAGACUACUACUACUAGUGAGCUGGCGGUGGUGGUGUCUACUAAAGGGAAAGACUUGGUGGAGAUUAUUAAAGAGCUUGAUGAGUACUUUCUUAAUGCUGCUGAUGCUGGUGGACAACUCUCAUUGCUUUUGGAAGUUCCUAAUUGUGCUUUUUCUGAACAAAGAUCUGCAGAUAAGUUGAUGAGUCCAUUUUCAUGGUCGUUUGGUGGAAGUUCAAGAUGGAAUGGAAUUGGCAGAUUUUGUGAUGAUCCUAUGAACAAAGCUAUGAAUGGGGCUAAUAAUGCUAAAGCUUCGCAUUGUUCUACAGUGGAGAGAUUAUAUGCUUGGGAGAAAAAACUCUAUCUCGAGGUCAAGCAUGCUGAAACAUUAAAAUUGGAGCAUGAGAAAAAGGGAGCCCACGCGAGGAAGCUAGAGAUGAAGAGGGCUGAUUAUGUGAAGACUGAGAAAGCUAAGAAGGAAGUGGAGAAGUUAGAAUCACAAAUGAUGGUUGCUUCACAAGCUAUUGAGACCACAUCAGCUGAAAUCAUCAAAUUAAGGGAGUCAGAGCUCUAUCCACAACUCUUUGAACUGGUCAAAGGAUUGAUGUACAUGUGGAGAAGCAUGUAUGAGUGCCAUCACGUUCAAACGCACAUAGUUCAGCAGCUGAAGUAUCUCAAUACCGUGCCAUCAACUUAUCCUACCUCUGAGCUUCAUCGACAAUCAACACUACAACUUGAGCUUGAACUGGAACAAUGGCACCUAUCUUUUUGCAACCUAGUGAAAUCUCACCGUGAUUAUAUUCAGUCCCUUACUGGCUGGCUCCGUCUUAGCCUCUUCCAACUUGGCAACAAUCCAGUACAUAAGACUGACCAGGACAAUGCAGUUUACUCCCUUUGUGAAGAGUGGCAUCUUGCAGUUAACAAUGCUCCAGACAAAGUAGCAUCGGAAGGAAUCAACAGUCUACUAACUGUUAUCCAUGCCAUUGUGGUGCAGCAAUCAGAAGAGCUCAAGCAAAAAAAGAAGUCGGAGAUGGCAUUUAAAGAGCUUGACAAGAAGUCUUCCGAGCUUCGGUCAUUAGAGUCCAAGUAUGGCCCAUAUUCUAUACCUGAUUCCUCUAGUACAAGAAGCAAGAACCCUGUAACCGAAAAACGAGCUAAGGUGGAGGCAAUAAGAGCAAAAGCCGAGGAUGAGAAGGCCAAGUAUGACAAAGCGGUGAGUGUAACGAGGGCAAUGACAUUGAACAAUCUACAAAUGGGGUUGCCACAUGUUUUUCAGGCUGUGACGGGUUUUGCCAAUGUGUGGACACAUGCAUUUGAGUCGGUAUAUAAUCAAGCAAAAAAUACUGAUCAGGUUCAUGAAAUGAAGAGGAUUUUACCUUGAGAGAUACAGAGCAAGCUUCCUUGUGGUCGGGCCAGCCAGAAGAAAAAAUGUAUAUAUGUGUUCUUGAAACUUGUUUUCCCCUCCUGCAGCCUAGAGGGUUUUCCAGUAUGUGCUGUAAUUUAUUGGAAAUGCAGAUUUUCUUAAGAGUGCAAAUGAGAUGAUUACAGUUUUUAAGCAAUCUUUGGUCGUGUAAGUACGGCUGCUGAUGGAGGUAGAUGAUAUUGGUUGCGUUUGGCAUUUUAGAGGAUAUUAGGAUUUUUGAAUUAUGUUUUAGCUUUGCUCGGAAAACAGUUCCUACAGUUGCAAGUGUUUUCCAUUUUUCCUUUUGGAUUAGUUUUGCGAAAGUUGGCAUUAUAUGUAGUUUUCAAUCGGGUACU